GUGUCUGAGUAGUUAUGCAUAUAAAUGCAUCAGUAUUGUCCAUAAGAGUUAAUUGUGAAUAUUGUUGUUUUUUUUUAAUUGUCAAAUUUUGAAGAUAUUUAAUUUUUUUUUUUUUCAUUGUCAAAUUUUGAAGAUAUUUAAAUGUCAUUUAAUAAAGUACUAUUAAACACUUUUUGGGGAUUCUUGAUAGAGCCUGAAGGAAAAAGCAGUCAUCAUGUCUGAGGUGAAGAAGAUGUCAUCGAGCCGCAGGCACCACCUCAAGAGUUUGAUCCUGCAGAUUGCAGCCAAAUGGCUAGAGCAGGAAGCAAGCAACAUUGCCUCCACUAAGGCAGCUCACAUAUCUGAGUCAUGCCCAGCCCCAGACCUUCGCGGAGACCAGGCAUCACUCGUGGAAAUCUGCAAGAAGAUGGCUCACAUGAUAGACAACAUCGACGAGGAGCGAUAUGACUUCGAAGCCAAAGUGAUCAAGACAGACAAAGAGAUUCAAGACCUGAAGAUGAAGGUGAUUGAGCUGGCUGGUGUCAAGAAGCCAGCUCUGAAGAAGGUACGCAUGUCCGCUGAUGCCAUGUUGCAGGCGCUGCUGGGAGGAAGGCAUAAAGUCACCUUGGACCUUCGGUCCAACCUCAAGCAGGUCAAGAAGGAAGUCAAGGAGGAGGCGGUGGAGGCAGUGGGAGACUGGCGUAAGAACGUUGAGGACAAAGCAGAUAGGAAGAAAAUGUUUGAGGCAUCAUAGAGAGACAACCCCCACAUCCCACCCCCACCCCGACAACUUUUUUCGUUGUCAAUUUUGAUUUUGAUCAUUUUUUCCUGUAGUUCUUCAAAUGGAUUUCUGUCAACUUUUGCUAAACCGCAUUGAUCACAAUAAACCAACAUGUCAGUACAGACACUUUUGGACUUCCCAUGCUUUACUUCCAGAGUA